AUGACGGAGCCUAGGAAUAUAUCCAGAGUGAGUGAAUUUAUCCUAUUAGGAAUUCCCUUUCUGUAUGAUCUUCACCGAGUCUUCUUCGUGGUGGGUCUAUUCAUGUACCUUGUAACCAUCCUUGGGAAUGGCUUCAUCCUUGUCAUUGUAGCAAUUGAGCCAAGACUUCAGACACCAAUGUACAUCUUCCUGAGCAACCUUGCUUUCCUGGAGAUCUGCUAUACCUCCACUGUGGUACCCAAAUUGCUACAGACAUUUAUAGAAGCCAAAACCACCAUUUGCUUCCAUUGCUGUCUGGCUCAAGGAUUUUUUCACUUCUGUUUUGGUACCACAGAGCUCUUCAUCCUCACAGCUAUGUCCUUUGACCGCUAUCUGGCCAUCUGCAAGCCGCUUCAAUAUCCCAUCAUUAUGUCCAAGCAUAUGUGCCUUCAAAUGUCUUUGGCCACCUGGUAUGCUGCCUUUGGGAUUAUCUUUUUUCAUUAUUUUAUUGUUUGGACAUUGCCAUUCUGCGGGUCCAAUAUUGUUGACCAUUUCUUCUGUGAUAUUGGUCCUCUGUUGAGCCUUGUGUGUGCAGAUAUUCAUCUCAUUGAGUCCCUCAGAAUAUUGACUAGCUUUGUCGUUGUGAUUAUGACCUUACUUCUCAUGAUUCUGUCCUACAUUUUCAUCAUUACCACCGUCCUGCGCAUUCCCUCCGCCGUAGGGCGGAAAAAGGCCUUCUCCACCUGCACCUCUCACCUCGUGGUGGUGUCCAUCUUAUAUGGAGCUCUUGUCUUCAUGUACGUGAGGCCCAACGUCCAGUCCUCAUACCGCUUGACAAGGACUGUGGCGAUCCUGAACACCACUCUUACCCCAAUGCUGAAUCCUUUCAUAUACACAAUUCGGAAUGCCGAAGUAAAAAAAGCUGUCCAGAAUGUAAUCCAUAAAAGGAAAGAAACGUUAAAUUGA